UCUUUUCACACUCACCGCCUGCACACAUGAUCAGCAUAUGUUUAACAGAGACGAGCUGGACAGAGUUUCUGUAGACUGGGGUGACAGGCGGGACUAAUUUCUAUGUGCAGAAUAGAAGAAAUAUAGAUAUUUUAUGCAUGUAUACCUGCGAAUUUUCGAGUUAUGUGCAAAAAAAUCAUAAGUAGAGACAUGCCAAUAUGGACCUUAAUGAUUACAGCAUUUGUAUUUAUCUGUAUUUUCUACAGAAUUAGUUAUUACAAGUUAUCAGACAGUGAUCUACAAGACUGGGUGUCGCUGGAAAUUUUGUGACAGUGGCAUCAAAAUGAAGAUAUCUGUGUAUUAGUACUUAAUAAUACCUUCUCCCAUGCUGACUCUUCCACAAAGACAAGCAGCUCCACAAAAACUUUGUCUAAAUUAAACAAUCUAAAAUUGGUUGCAUUUGAAUUUUAAUUUAGGAACUAUAUGAGAAUAUGAUUCAGAAGAUAUUUGAUUCCAGCUUUUGGUAGUGGACAUUUUUUUGAAAAGUUUUCUUGAAAAACAAGUCUGUUAAUUAAACUUCCCCUCAAACUUUUGAAAUCUUCAUGUGACUGAUGAAAAUGUCAAAAUGAGCAUCCUUGCUCAAGUCAGUGUGGCCAGAGAAUGUCCUUAUAUGCCUUCCAAGAAUCCAGAGACAACUCUACAUAAACGAUAAGAGUUCAGACAAGUCAGACUGUGUUGUGAAAUAUAAUUCACUUCUAUUGUUCUUGACUACAUUACACCCUCUUAAACUGUAUUCUGCAUUUUAACUUUUCAUUUCUUUUGAAUUUUUGUGUUGCCUUCUAUUAAUCGAAGAUUCACUGUGUCAUGUUCAGGUAUAUGUUAUCCUAAACUUCAGUUCAACUCUUAUCUUAAAGACAGCAAGCACUUGAAAGGAAUAAAGUCUCAUUCAAAUGAACAGGGAACACAGACCCAGCCCUUACCUGUUCCUGUUCUCCAUCCACCCGUCUGUUGGCCUGUCCUGUAGCUUAGGAACCACAGCAGCCCAGCCUACUGGCCACUGGCCCCAGUCUAUUGAAAUGUAAUUUAAGAGCAGCCUAAUGUUUUGUUACAGCCAUAAUGUAACAAUUAGCUGAGCUGCCUGUGUGGUGGUGGUGGUGUUGGUAGCAGUAAAACACUCUCUUCACUCCUCUGUGUGCAUGCGUGCGUGCGUGCGUGUGUGUGUGCGCGUGUGUGCAUGUGUGUGUGUUGGAUGAGAAACAAUUGUGAUUUAUAUCCUUGUUAGAUUAGUGCACGUCAGAAUGGAGCAGUGUCCCCACACAGGCUGCACUUUAAGUUACAAAAUAAUAUUUGAGGAACACACAUUUAAUGAAAACCUCUGCUGUCUGUCCUGUAAAGUUUGGGGGGGGGGCAUUUUCAAAUUUUUAUGUUUCAGCUAAUUGAAAAACAAAUGUAUUUGUUAUACCAUAUUUUGGAAAUACAUUAACAUAAAUCUUAGACAUGCUUUUAGACUUUGAGAUAAAAUGACAGUUUUUAGUGUGACAAUAACCAAAAUGUUCAUUAAUCAACGACUCUAAAAAUGCACUGAUGGAUUUUUAUGAUAUUUUUAGGGAUGUAAAGUGCAUUAUUUGUCGAUAUUGUUAUUGCAAAGAAGUUGGAUAUAACCAUCUCAGAGCAGUGUUUGAUAGUCUUUUAUUUUACAAAAUCCGAAAGAAUUAAAAACUUCUUCGAACAAGCUCUGCCAUAUUUUCAUAAUGUUAUGUUUGUUUUUUCUUUUGCACACAUUUUAUGACCCUCAAACAGGUUGGCUUUUCUGUUUUCAAAUGAGUGAGAGGUCAUUGCUCAAGCAAACCAUUAAAAUUAUUUAGAUUUUUUUGUUUGUGUGUGUGUGUGUGUGUGUGUGUGUGUGUGUGUGUGUGUGUGUGUGUGUGUGUGUGUGUGUGUGUGUGUGUGUGUGUUGGUCGUGUUGGUCGUGUUGGCACCUAUAGCCUGCAAGCUUCAUCAGCUUCAUUAGGUUCAUGAUGGUCCAUCCAUGAGCCAAUGUAGGGUGGGGGAUUGGUGUGUGUGUGUCUGUGUGUCUGUGUGUGUGUGCAUUUGCUUCAGCGUUUUACCCCCUUCAGUGUCUCCUCGAGCUGUGAUCCGCCCCUCCUGGCCCCAACCUACCCCCUUAACACCAAACUCCACUCACACACAAAGAGCAGCUAUCCCUUGUGCUUGCUCUGCGGUGCCACCAAACGGCUUUUGAGGAUUUGUCAGCCAGAUGUGGCAAGAUUGUCAAGAGGCAGGCAAGGAGAGAGGGAGAUCUGAUAUUAAUCAGAGCAUAGCUGGAAGCCAAACUCUCUCAGACUCAGUGUACUAACAUGUUCCCCUCAUUUGCUCCCUCUCUGAGCCAAACACUCCUGGUGACUUCCUAACGGGGAGCCACACACACCAGGAAGCCAACGAAACUUUGGCUCACCUCCUUCUUCCCCCCACCACAACCUCAUUUCUUUGCCUUCUAAGAUUUUUCUUUUAAGAAGCCAACCAUUUUCUCAUGGAUCUUCAGGCUAUCUGCUGCACUUUGAUGAAUUGUAACUGUGACAGCUUCAAGCCGGGGAAGCUGAAGAGGAGGCAGUGUGAAAACUGCAAGCAUGGCUGGGUAGCACAUGCCUUGAGCAAGCUGAAGGUGCACCAUAUGUACCAGAGCAGCCAGGUGGAGAUCGUGCACUCCAAUGUGGUGUUCGAUAUAUGCAGCCUGAUGCUGUAUGGCACCCAAGCCAUCCCAAUCCGCCUCAAGAUCCUCCUGGACCGCCUUUUCUCUGUUCUCAAGCAGGAAGAAGUCAUCCAGAUCCUCAAUGCACUUGACUGGACACUGCAGGACUACAUCCGAGGAUAUGUGCUCCAGGAUGUUGCAGGAAAGGUGCUGGACCGUUGGGCCAUCAUGACAUUUGAGGAAGAAAUUGCCACCCUGCAGCAGUUCCUGCGUUUUGGUGAGACCAAAUCCAUAGUGGAGCUGAUGGCUCUACAAGACAAAGAGGGCCAGGCAGUGUUGGUACCCAGUACCCGCACCAACUCAGAUAUUCGGACUUUCAUUGAACGCACCACACCUCGAACCACUGCCAACCUGUCUACAUCCAAAGUUGAUAAAAUAAGUGGCAACAGCAUGCACCACUUUGAGAACUUUAUCAACAGUAUGGCCUUCAUGCUGCCAUUUCAGCUGCUAGGCUCUGUUCCUGCUCCAUAUCUGGGCUCACCAGGAGGGGCACUGCAACAGCAGCACCAGCAACACCACCAGCACCAGCAGCCAUGCCGUGGGUCAGUGGAGCUGCAGAGUCAUAGACGUGAUGAUCAAGUUCAGGACAGUUUAGGGAGGGACAAUCCUCUCCCUCUUUCACAUCCUUCAGAGACUGCCCUACUAGAUUCCAGCUCUGUGUCAUUCACUGCUGAUCUAGACCAAAGUGGAGACAAGCCAACAGACAUACUCUCCACUAACACAAAGAUCGAAGCUGAGGAGUUCUCUACUAGUGAUAACUACUCAGAUGGACCCUCCACACCAUGCACACCCUCAGUGAGCUCUGAUGUAACACCAAUGUCACCUGAGGGCAAGCUUCGCUCUCUUGACAGGAAUGGAAGUGGCCAUGGAGGGGUCUCAGGAGGUGGUGCAGGAGGAGGCUCUCUGAAGAAGGGCCGUGUAUUUUGCAAUGCUUGCGAGAAGACAUUCUAUGAUAAAGGCACUCUAAAAAUCCACUACAAUGCAGUGCACCUGAAGAUUAAGCACAAGUGUACCAUCGAGGGCUGCAACAUGGUUUUCAGCUCACUCCGCAGUCGUAAUCGCCAUAGUGCCAACCCGAACCCACGGCUACAUAUGCCCAUGAACCGAAACAACCGGGACAAAGAUCUGCGGGGGAGCUUGUCUGCUGAUGAGACUUCUCAAGGAGAGAAAAGGCAUGACUACGGUACCCCCAUUUGCUCUGCAGAAAGCCAUAAAUCUGUGUCCAGCUACAUGGUGAGCCAUGUGGACACUGGAUCAAAACUGUACAGUAGCUCAUUCCCCGGCAUGGGUCAAAGUGGUAUUCUUUUUCCCAAUUUAAAAACAGUACAACCAGUACUGCCUUUCUACCGAAGCCUGGUAUCACCAGCAGAACUUGCCAACACCCCAGGGACACUACCUUCCCUUCCUCUGUUGUCUUCUUCUGUACCCGUCAAACCCAUCUCAGCCCCUGAGCCCUGCACGACAGACCCUAUACCAAAGAAAAAGUCUCGUAAGUCAAGUAUGCCAAUAAAGAUAGAAAAGGAGAUGGUAGAGCAAGAUGAGCAGAUGGAUAAGGAAAGCAGCUCUGAAGAUGAUGCUCCGUUUCGUGGCAGGGAUAGGAAUGAGUGUGAUGGCAGCCAAGCAGAAAGGCAUAUAUACCUAAGACAAGCUGGGGAGGAGAAAGAGUCAAGAGAGACUUGCACUGGCAAAGAAAAGAAAACAGAUGGUACGAAGCAUCUGUCAGAGCAAACCUUAGACAGCGAAAUGACUGAGAGUGAGGACAAAGAUGACGGACCAAGACAAACUGAAACAGGGGUCAUCACCUGUGCAUCAUCCCCCUUUGAAAACAGGCUGAUGGAGAACCACUGUGACAACAACUUAUUUUGUCUGGAACCCAAUAGCAAUGAAGAAAAGGAGGAGAGGGAGCACACACAUUUAUUGCAUGUAGCUGACAAGAUCUCAGCACUCAAAUGGGAUGACGGUGAACACAGGCUGACUAAUGGGGGUGCUAUCCAACACAUAGAGAGGGAGGGAUCUGAUGGAUGUGCAGAUGACUAUGGUGACUCAGGGUUGUCUCACCUUGACCCCAACACUGACCUGCCACAUUACUGUGAGAUCUGCAGUAAGACCUUUAAAAAUCCUUACAGUGUCAAGAUGCACUACCAAAAUGUCCACCUGAAAGAGACUCACAUAUGCACAGUGGAUGGCUGUAAUGCUGCCUUCCCCUCACGCAGGAGCCGGGACAGGCACAGUGCAAAUUUGAAUCUGCACCACAAGCUGCUGACCAAAGAUUCACUCACCACAGCUAACCCCGCCUACUCGCCCCACUGUAGAGACAGGGACUCUGUUGUCCUGGACAACUGUCAAGAUCAGCGGGAUAGAGAUCUUCCCCAUCGAGACCAAACCAGCCAGACCUCUGUCAUCUUUCGAGGACACAACCGCAUGGGCCUGGUCUUCCCUAUGAGCAAAGUGUCUACUACACCAGACAGUGCCGGUGCACCUCCCUUAAGAGAGAUGGAGGGAUUAGGAAGAGAAGAAGGUGGCAGAGGUGUGGAGGAUGGGGCAGUCCUGGACCUGAGCACCUCCUCCUCUGCUCCACCUUGUGAUAACGGCAGUGCUCAAUCUUCCUGGGACUCAGAUGGCGCUGGUACUGAGGAAGGGGAAGGGGCUGGAGAGGAUGGGGAAGCACUCCCCAUGGAGGACAGCGAUGAAAGCUGUGAUGGGAUUGGCCUGGGGAGGGCUGGAGGUGAGGAGUUGGCACUUGGAGGAGAGCGAACCCUUGGCAGUGGUGGUGGAGGACAAGGUAUGCUUCAAGGUGGUGGGGGUGGAUCUCCAAUGACGUGCCAUGUCUGCCAAAAGGUCUACAGCAACAAGGGCACAUUCAGAGCCCAUUACAAGACUGUCCAUCUACGACUGCUUCACAAGUGUAAAGUCCCUGGCUGUGACACAUCCUUCUCCUCUGUACGAAGCAGAAACAGACACAGCCAGAACCCAAAUCUCCACAGGAACCUCACUGUUAGCUCAGGUGCCACAAUAGACCAGGAAUAAGAAUUUGAUCUUAAAUGCCAACAUGACUGAUUUCUUUUAUUCUAAUUUUCUUUUGAUUGUUUUUCUUUUUGGGGCACCUAAAGAAGGCUCAUUAAUUAACGCUUUUAAAUUCCAUACCAUGGUCCAAUCUGUUGUCAUAUUUCAGAAAAAAGCAACAGAUAAAAAGAAAGCACAGUCAAGAAUUCAUUUGUUGUGUCAAAUACAGCUUUCUUUUGGAAAUAGUGUUGUUGCUUUUUUUGUUGCAAUGCAAAAUUGAUGAGUCAUUACAUGUGUCUGUCAGUGUUUACAAAUAAUAACAUAACACCAAAACAUAGACCGGUCAAUAAAUAAUAAUAAUAAUAAUAAUAAUAAUAAUAAUAAUAAUAAUAAUAAUAAUAAUAACAAUAAUCAUAAUAAUAAUGUUUUCAGUGUUAACUGAUCAAAUCUUUCGUUGUAAUGCAGCACUGAUUUUUUGGUAUCGGUUUGCCAUUCUAGGCCAAUUUAAACCUGAAAAUUUUCAUUUAAAUAGACAGAUUUUCCCGUGUGUUGUCUGAGAGUUAAGUCAUAAAAUUUUCUGAUGUAAGAUUUUUUCUAGUGUUUUUGUUGUCAGAUUUCCACAUCUUCCCUAUGAAGUUGUGCAUAAUGUAUUUAUCAAGAACAGUCGUGAAGUAACUUCUAUGUGUCAUUUCAUUUAUUUGAACAAUGGCCUCCAAAACGAGUCCCUGUAGAAAAAAACUAUAAUGUUGUAAGCUUGACCAGUAAGUUAUUGUAUAGUAUUUUAUGAUCUGUCUUACUGUUGUAUUUGUUGCAUACUGCUAAUGUUGACCAAAGAUUAUUCUUAGUUCACACGUGUGUGAGGGGUAUGCAGUAUUAAGAGACUGGCCAACAGCAGUAUUCAGGCAUUGUCUUAACAUGACAAAAUAUUUAAAAACU